AAGUCCUCAAUUCAAUAUGGCUCCGUUUCGUACAUCGCACUUUCAUAAUUGUGAAUCGGAACGCAGGCUUACACUGGAACGCGUUAUGCUUGCAUUAUAGAACUACUUUCGUUUUAUAUAUCCGUUAUAAUCGAACACAAAUAAAACAAUAAAAGCCUUGUUCCGUUUAUUAAUAAAAAUAAAAAAACAAAAUCGUUAAACUUCGUAUUACGUACAAAUCGUUUUUGCGUUAUAACGGAACGUUACUACCAAUAUUUUAUUUAUCUGUGCGCGCAACAUACAAGACGUCUUCAUUAGACACGCCAUAUCUGUUUUAGUUUAGAUAUUGUAUGGCUAGGGUGCAAUAAUUUCUUAAAUAAUGGAGGAUAGUAUAAACGUGGAUUUGGACCACAUGAUAAGCCUUAUAGAAAUGCGACCAAUGUUAUGGGAUAAGACGAGUGACGACUACAAAUCCAGGCACUUGAAGACAGCUGCCUGGCAUGAAAUUUGCGUCUUAUUGUUAGACAAUUUCGAGUGCUUGACAUUACACGAGCAGAAUGAAAAAGGACGAGCUAUAAUAAAAAAAUGGACAAAUGAACGAGAAAAAUGGAUGAAAUGGAGAAAAAGACAUGAAGUUUCCGGCUCUAGUUUAUGUAAAAAGCCGCUUUAUUAUGAACAAUUGUCAUUUUUAGAGAAAAUAUUUGAACCUAGCAACACGUCGAUUUCAGAAGCAAACGAAACAGAUUCUGACCCUAGUGACUCCAAAACGACAAAACAUUCUUUAGAUUAUGAAAUGCCAGAAUUUGUAAAUACCAGUUUUAAAUCAGAUACUUCUCAGAGAUCAUGCACAAGAAAAAGGAAAAGAUCCCUAGAUGAAUUCGAAGUCGAUUUAAAUUCUGUGAAACGUUCGUCGACUCCAUCCGCGGGCACAGAAACACCUAUGUUGUCAUUUUUCAAAGGCAUAUUACCAGUUUUAGAAGAAUUCGAUGUUGAUGAGCACUUAGAAUUUCAGAUAAAGGUUUUAAAUUUGAUCCGAUCUAUGAGAGAGAGAAAGAAAAUUUGACAACAUGUAAGCCCAGAAACUUAAUUUGAAAAAUUUAUUGUUAAUUUUUGAUAUUAAAGAUUUUUGCAGAUGUGUUUUUA